GCAGCAGCACCGGCGUCUGCACCCGGUGGGGGUCGGGGUCCGCCGGUGCGCAGGGGGUCUAGGGGUCCGCGGUGCGCGGAGGCGGCGCUGACCCGGACUUGGCCCGCCCGACUGCCGGUUCCGGCGCGCGGGAGGCGCUCGCGACGAGGCGGUCGCGGCCUAGUGACAGGCCGGAGGCCGGACCCCGGAAGCCCACCUGUCAGAGUUACCGGCCGGCCGGGUGGGCGAGGGGAGCGACCCAGCCGGGACCGAGGCACUCCUUGGGAAAAAUCAUUUUUCUUCUCUGGAGGGUGAACAUUUAUAGCAUCGAUUUCACGGAUCUGGUAACAUGGCAAAAGAUGCUGGUCUAAUUGAAGCCAAUGGGGAACUAAAGGUCUUCAUAGACCAGAACCUUAGUCCUGGAAAAGGUGUCGUGUCCCUAGUAGCUGUUCACCCCUCCGCAGUAAACACGCUUGGGAAGCAGCUCUUGCCAAAAACGUUUGGACAGUCCAAUGUCAACAUUGCACAGCAAGUGGUAAUUGGUACGCCUCAGAGACCUGCAGCGCCAAACACUAUCGUGGUAGGAAGCCCACACACCCCUAACACUCACUUUGUGUCACAGAACCAGCCUUCAGACCCCUCACCUUGGUCUGCCGGGAAACGCAACAGGAAAGGAGAGAAGAACGGUAAGGGCCUGAGGCACUUCUCCAUGAAGGUCUGUGAGAAGGUACAGAGGAAGGGAACCACAUCCUAUAAUGAGGUGGCUGACGAGCUUGUCGCAGAGUUCAGCGCUGCUGAUAAUCACAUCUUACCAAAUGAAUCCGCUUAUGACCAGAAGAACAUAAGACGGCGAGUCUAUGAUGCCUUAAAUGUGCUAAUGGCCAUGAACAUCAUUUCUAAGGAGAAGAAGGAAAUCAAAUGGAUCGGUCUGCCCACCAACUCGGCUCAGGAAUGUCAGAAUUUAGAGGUAGAGAGACAAAGAAGACUUGAAAGAAUAAAACAGAAACAGUCUCAACUUCAAGAACUUAUUCUACAGCAAAUUGCCUUCAAGAAUCUGGUGCAGAGAAACCGCCAGGCAGAGCAGCAGGCCAGCCGGCCGCCCCCGCCCAACUCUGUCAUCCACCUGCCUUUCAUCAUUGUGAACACCAGCAAGAAGACUGUCAUCGACUGCAGCAUUUCUAAUGACAAAUUCGAGUAUCUGUUCAAUUUCGACAACACGUUUGAAAUCCAUGAUGACAUAGAAGUGCUGAAGCGCAUGGGGAUGGCCUACGGGCUGGAAUCCGGAAGCUGCUCCGCUGAAGACCUCAAAGUGGCAAGAAGUUUGGUGCCGAAAGCGCUGGAACCCUAUGUGACAGAAAUGGCUCAGGGAUCACUCGGCAGUGUAUUCAUCACGUCGUCGGUUUCGACCUCUAAUGGCACAAGGCUUUCUGCCAGUGACUUGACCAACGGUGCGGAUGGGAUGCUGGCCACGAGCUCCAGUGGGUCCCAGUACAGCGGGUCCAGGGUGGAGACCCCUGUGUCCUGUGUCGGGGAGGAUGACGACGAGGACGAAGAGUACGAGAACGAUGAGGAAGACUGAUGUGCUCGCUCGCAGGUCGCUGCCCCUCAAGUUAAGCUUCAGGAAAACAUGCUUAGGGAAGAGAAACUUUUUUUUAAUGUGGGUUUUUCUGUUUCUUUUUGGCCUCCUCCCAAGAAGAUAUUGGUAAGCUAUUGAAUUCGAUGUGCACCUCUGAUAAGCAAGCCAGGGUUGUUUUCUGUCGGUCUUUUAAGAUGGGCUGCAGUGUGUGUGGGUUCCCGUGUGCUGAUGCAGGACCUCUAUUUACUUUUGAGGAUUUUGUGUUUUCCUUUUCUAUUUUUUUAAAUUCAGAGUUCGUUUAUGCCCGGUAACGAUUCUUGCUGACUUUGCUGAAUAAGCUGUACUCCAUCUACAUCAACGAAAAUAAAACUCCAUCCG